UGGAGCGGGUAUUUCUUGAGUGAAAUAUCCCAAUAUAGGCAUCUUGUUUGUGAAAAAUUUCACAAGCACUCGAGACCAGAAAAUCCCGCAUAGAAAAGUCUCUCACUUCAAUGUUGCUUCGUAUCCUUUCUAAAGUCAAAAAGAGCAUUUUUUUAUUUUUUUUAACAUAAUGCUUGAAUGUCUUGAAAGUUUUCUUGUUUUUGAUUAAAGAGUCGAGCUUUUCUUUUUUGUUUUUUUGUUUUUCUUUUUUUGGUAGAAAAGAGUCGAGCUUCUUUGCUUGUAUUAAUCGUUGUUUUCAUGGGCUUGUGUUCUAGUGCUGCUGCCAAAUCUGACGACGGAAAUUGCCAAGAAAAUCAAGUUGGGAAUGAAAAGAGUAGGUCGAGCAGCACGGUCUUACCUUCAACUUGUGAGAUAGAGGGCAAGAUCCUACAAUCAUCUGAUUUGAAAAUCUUUUGCCACAAUGAACUAAAAGAAGCAACAGAGAACUUCAGUUUAUGUAAUCUGUUGGGUAACGGUGGUUUUGGUAGUGUCUUCAAGGGCUGGAUUGAUGAGCAUUUACUGAAUGCUACCAGGCCUGAGACUGGCAUGGCUGUCGCUGUUAAAAUGCUUAAGGAAAAGGGUUAUGAGGGUCAACAAGAAUGGUUGGCUGAAAUAAAAUACUUGGGGCAGCUAUAUCAUCCGAAUUUUGUUAAAUUAAUUGGCUAUUGCUUGGAGGAUAGCCAGCGGCUUUUGGUGUAUGAGUUCAUGUGUAAUGAAAGUUUGGAUAAACGUCUCGUUAGACUGGAUUUUACCGGAACAAAAUAUUCUUAUAAUCAACCACUCUCCUGGAAUCUUCGAAUGAAGGUUGCACUUGGUGCAGCUAAGGGCCUGGUAUUUCUUCAUGAUAAGGCACAAGUGAUAUAUAGAGACUUUAGAGCUUCGAAUAUCCUGCUUGAUUCAAAUUAUAAUGCCAAGCUCUGUGAUUUUGCCUUGGCAAAGGAUAUACCAGCAGGUGACAGAAGCCAUGUUACUGCAAGUCUAUCGGGUACUCAAGGUUAUAAUGCUCCAGAGUUUACAACGAAAGGUCAUGUCACUAAAAAGAUUGAUGUAUAUAGUUUUGGGGUUGUUCUCCUGGAACUACUAUCUGGCAAGGUAGCCAUAGAUGAAUACAGGCCACCUGAGGAACAAAUUUUGGUUGACUGGGCAAAGCCUUAUCUUAGUAGCAAACGCAAAGUUUUCCAAGUAUUUGAUGCUUGUCUUGAAGGAGAAAAUGAAGUGCGUGGAGCACUAAAAGUAGCACAACUUGCUGUCCGGUGCCUAUCAGCAGUGCCCAGUUUUAGGCCAGACAUGAAAGAGGUGGUAAAGGCAUUGGAGGAGAUUGGUUUCGAAAUGUAUUAGCAUAUCAAUGCACUUUAGGAUAAGCUUCACAUGUACAAUGUACAUUAACAAAAAAUUAUUUUAAUGGUGAUUCUUCUAAUAAUAAUUAUAUGUAAAUUAUACGCCA